GCGGCGCAGUGCGCAGGCGCGUCGGUGUACCUCUGCAGGCCCGCUGGGUCUCACCGCGCAGGCGCAGGCGCGGCCACCGGUGUGGUCCCCAUGGAGCUACCGUAGCGGUGCCGGCGCAGUCGGGAGCGUCCGGCAUGAGCGCUGUCGAAGCCGACCGCUGGGCGUGGCUGCUGGUGCUCAGCUUCGUGUUUGGGUGCAAUGUCCUUAGGAUCCUCCUCCCGUCCUUCUCCUCCUUCAUGUCCAGGGUGCUGCAGAAGGAUGCAGAGCAGGAGUCACAGAUGAGAGCCGAGAUCCAGGACAUGAAGCAGGAGCUCUCCACGGUCAACAUGAUGGACGAGUUUGCCAGAUAUGCCAGGCUGGAGAGGAAAAUCAACAAGAUGACAGAUAAGCUCAAAACCCAUGUGAAAGCGCGGACAGCUCAGCUAGCCAAGAUAAAAUGGGUUAUAAGUGUUGCCUUCUACAUAUUGCAAAUUAGGAAGAAACAGCAAGAAGUGGUGGGCUUUUUAGAAGCUAAUAAAAUUGACUUUAAGGAAUUAGAUAUUGCUGGAGAUGAAGACAAUAGGAAAUGGAUGAGAGAGAAUGUUCCUGGAGAGAAAAAACCUCAAAAUGGGAUUCCUUUGCCUCCCCAGAUCUUCAACGAAGAGCAGUAUUGUGGGGAUUUCGACUCUUUCUUUUCUGCAAAAGAAGAGAAUAUUAUCUACUCAUUCCUUGGUUUGGCUCCCCCUCCAGGCUCAAAGGGAGCAGAGAAGGCUGAAGAAAGUGGAGAAAAUGAGACACAAAAAGAGAAUGAUGAAGGUGCUGGUAAACUUGCUGAAUCCCAGGAGAAGAAUAAAACCCAAGCCACGAAGCAACAUUUCAAAUGUCUCCCACAAACCAAACUCAACGAAAUACUUUGGCCUGAAGCUAGUACACCUCUCUUAGUACAUCCGGAGGUUCACCGAGGACUUGUGUUAUCUGACGUGGUUAGAUGUACAUGGAUAUAGCUCCUUCAUCAUAUCAAUAUGAAAUUAAAUGUAAAGAUAGUAUAUGCAUACCUUCAUGUGCCUGAUAUUCUUGGCCUUUGCUAUUUUUUUUCUUUUUUGCUCUGUAUGACUAGACCUUCUUAUUAAUACUCCAAAAAAGUUGAUUUCAAGGUGUAGAACUCUUGAUACAGCAAAAGUAUUUCUUCAUAUGUGCCUUAUGCUACUUGUCUCAGAAUUAGCUUUGAAAAUGAAGUGCUUUCGAGAGAACCAUCAUAUAAAUAAAGAUUAAUAGAAAAAUA